AUGGUCGCUAUCGGCGGUAAUGGAGACCCAAACUAUCAACCACGAACCGGCCCGGACGUCAACCAGACGAGCUGUGCAGAAUUUUGCGCACCCUUUCCUUACUAUGCACGACAGAGAACAACUUGUACCUGCGGAAACACCGUCACAGGAGACAGCAUCGACAUAAGCUUUUGCGACCCUUCGAAUUGUGCGGGCACUGGGGACGACUACUGUGGUGCUGCCGGCUACGAUUACAUUUUGCAACACGAUCCUGUCACAGCCACCAGCACCACAUCCACGGCAACUGAGACCUCCACGGCAGAUGACACCUCUGCAACUGAUUCUACCGCUACGACUACGGAUGAUGCUACUGCCACAGAUAGCACAACUACUGCGACCGACGAGGCUACAACCACUGAUGAAGCGACUACCACGGACACGGACAACACUACGACAGCUACGGACGAGGCCAGUACCACGACUGAUGAGGCCAGCACAACCACUGAUACCGCCAGUACAACCACCGAUGAGGCCAGUACAACCGCUGACCCGGAUGAGGUCGCCACUACUGACAGUAGUACAUCCACAGCUACGGACGAAGCUACUUCCACGGAUUCCAGUUCAACCGAGGAACCGUCUAGCACCACUGAGACAUCCACUGAGGCCACUAGCACAACCGAGGAUGCCAGUAUAACGGAAACUUCCACGGAGGCCACUAGCACAACCGAGGAUGCCAGUACAACAGAAACCUCAGCUGGAGUGACAAGCACGACUGAAACUUCGAGCACGGAGACUUCCAGCGAGGCGACCAGCACUGAAGAAGACGUCAUCAGCACAUCGACCGAAGCAACCAGCUCUACAGAGGAAGCGAGCACAACGGCGACCUCUACGGUAGCAAGUAGCACAGAUGAGCCAAGCUCAACCGAGGCUACAUCAACCGAGGCUACAUCAACUGAGGCUACAUCGACUGAGGCAAGUUCGACGGAAGCUACAUCAACAGAAACUACAUCGACAGAAGCUACAUCAACCGAAGCUACAUCGAGUACCAGCGCCAUUGGGACAUCUACCGAGAUUAGCACGACUGAGACGUCCACUGAAGCUAGUACUACAGCCACACCCGCGGAGACUAGCACUACGGCGACUUCAACUGAGCCUAGCAGCUCGUCAACGGAGGUCGAAUCUACCAGCUCCACGGAAGCUGAGUCUACCAGCACAUCGGAGGUCGAGUCAACCAGUUCAUCACAGGCCGCGUCAACAACGGCAUCGUCCACCGAGACUUCCGCCGAGCCGACUUCAACUUCCACUUCUUCCGAACCGCCGAUUGCGACAACCAGCACCACAUCUCCUGAAUCAUCUACUGAGCCAACGACGAGCAGCAGCUCUACCGAGUCUUCAGGUGAACCAACAACAAGUGCCUCUUCUACUGCGGAAGAGACGACCAGCAGCACAUCCGCCGCUGGGCCGAACACAUCCAGCACUUCCUCGGAAGAGCCAGCGACAAGUAGCACAAGUUCCGAGCCAAUUAUUGAGUCAACCACAAGCAGCACAACAUCGGAGCCCCCGGUGGCAUCAACGACCUCCCGUGCAACCGACUUCAACUUCCUCUACGGAGCCCUCGGUGGCGCCUUCAACGAGCACCACAACCUCCGAGCCUCCUGCGCAGCAAACAUCGACUUCUUCUACGGAAACUCCAGUCCAGCCUGCGACUUCGUCUACUUCUACGGAAGUCCCAUCAACGUCGUCUUCAUUACUUCCUGUUCAACCGACGUCGAGCAGCGGUACAUCAGAGGUGGCAGUGCCAAGCUCAACCCCAUCUCCCUCGCCUUCCCCGUCGCCCUCACCUUCGCCAUCGCCCAGCGCGUCUCCGACACCGGAAUCUUCUCCCUCGCCCUCGCCUUCGCCAUCGUCAUCGCCAUCGCCUUCGCCCUCGCCCUCGCCCUCGCCAUCGCCAUCGCCCUCGACAUCGCCCAGCUCGUCUUCGACACCGGAAACUUCUCUCAGCCCCUCGCCGUCUCCGAGUCCUUCACCGGUUCCCAGUCCAUCACCAGAGACUUCACCAAGCCCGUCUCCCAGCCCCUCGGAAUCUCCCUCUCCGUCUCCUUCGCCAGAGCCCGAAUCUUUCCAGAGCCCGACACCCGUGCCCUCUUCGUCGGCAGACGCGCCGCCCAGCUCGACCCCACCAGCAAGUCCGACAAUGCCUUCAUCAACUCCGAGCCCGUGGCAUUUGAGGAAGUCUUCAAAAUUCAACCUGGCGAAGCUUUGAUCGUGAACUUUGAAGUCAUCGACCCUGUCACCGGUGAGAGGUCCACUGCUCCGUUCGUUGUGCAGUCUCAAGGCUGCAGAGGCGUCACACCUGGGGAGUCACCAUUCAGUGGGAACACGCUCACCGAAUCUGCAAGCUAUAGUGCGGCCACUUGCGCCGUCUACUGCGCGACCAAGGGGCUCACUAAUACUGGUGCCGACCAGGGCACCUGCUACUGUGGUAGUGUCAUCAGGGAUCUUCCUCUCAUCCCCGCGGAACAAUGUGCGGCGGCUGGCAACAAGCGUCGUCGUGGUCUUCGUCUUGGCAAACGCCAAAGCGCGGUCAACGCCAUUCCCUUGUUUGCAGUCAUUCCGGCAUCGCAGGUGGCCAUCACUCCUGCGACUGUCACAUUGUCGUCCUCCAGCAUCGCAAGUCUUCCGUUGGCGAAUAGUGCACCCUCAUCAACCACUGCGAGCACCAUCUCCGUGACGACGUCUGGAGCUAGCACUGCAUCUCUCUACGACAUCAAGCAGUCCGGUGCCUUCGAGCUCGUCUCAGCUCAGUCCCCCAUCAUCGAGCUCUGCUCCAACCAGCUCCCCAUCAAGCUCUGCUCCUGCCACCUCGUCAAGCUCACCCCCAUCGAGUUCUUCACCCUCCAGCUCUGCGCCCACCACCUCAUCAACCUCUUCGCCUUCCAGCUCUUCGCCAUCCAGCUCUUCGCCAUCCAGCUCUUCGCCUUCAAGCUCGCCGCCGGUUACUUCAUCUUCAUCCAGUCCGGUCCCAACCACGUCUUCGUCGAGCUCUUCCUCACCUAG